AUGGUUUCAGAAGAAAGCCCUCUGCUGGUGUCUACCGCGUAUGAAGCUAUUUAUGACAGAUUCGCACCACAUCAGAAGAGGUGGAUCGUGUGUCUCGUUUCAUUUGUGGGUUUGUUGCCUAUGUUCGUCCAAUCGACGUUCGUGCCUUCCAUCCCUCAGAUAGCUAAAGACCUCAACUUGACACACGCUGUCGUCAGCUUGGCCUUCAGUCUAUCGAUCUUGGCAAAUACCAUCGGAGCAUUGGUUUGGGCUGCUUAUUCGUCUUUCUAUGGACGCCGAUCGAUGUAUUUGUGGGGGAUGCCGUUUGUGUGCGUCGGGAGCUGUGGUGUUGCGCUAUCGACUUCGUUCCGGAGUCUCUUAUUCUGGCGGUUCGUGCAGACGUUCGGAUGCGCUGGGGCGAUGUCGUUGGGGACGGGUGUUAUUGGUGACAUUUAUAAAUUGGGAGAGAGGGGGACUAUUAUUGGGGUAUUCUUCAGUGUCACACUUUUCGGGUUUGCUGUUGCCCCGUUUCUUGGAGGUGCAGCGACACAGUAUUGGUCCUGGCGCAAUUUGCACUACUGUCUUGGUGCAUGGGGCUUCCUCGAGAUGCUUCUUGUAUACCUUUCGUUUCCUGAGACGAGCCAUCCUGGCACACUGGGUAUUGAUAAAGUGAUGCGCAGGAGAUGGGUCCACAUCACAUGGGUAAAUCCUCUGAGCAGUCUCUGGUUGCUUCAGAGUCCGAACCUAUUCGCGGUUAUGCUUGCGUCGGCUCUAGUGCUCAUCAGUAGCUAUGUUCUCCUCGUACCGAUGGCGUAUACUAUCGGCAUCCGGUAUGGAAUCACGAACGAGGCCAUCAUCGGGGCGUGUUUCUUCCCAAAUGGAUUGGGAAAUUUCACUGGAGCUCUGGUUGGUGGCCGCCUAUCGGAUACUGUAGUCAGAAGAUGGCAGGAGAAGCGCGGAGGAGUGUGGUGUCCCGAAGACCGCUUGAGAGCGACGUGGAUCGGAGGGCUGAUCAUGGUCCCGGUAUCUAUUGGGGCAUCAGGGCUGAUCACGACGUAUAUUGGGGGCCCGAUCGGCCUUGCGCUGAAUAUAUUAUGUCUUUAUGUGAAUGGAGUGGGGGUCGACUCGGUGUUGAAUCCAAUUAGUUCUUAUUAUGUGGAUGUAGUGCAUUCCAGAAGCGCAGAGGCCACAGCUGCUUACAUGGCGAGCAGGUUCCUCAUCAUAUCUGCUGCGACUGCUCUUGUCAUUCCAUCGAUCGAGCGCAUAGGUGUUGCAUGGACAGACAUCAUCGCAGCUGUCCUUGCGCUCAUUGGACAUGGGCUCAUUUCCUUGACCAUUCGUUAUGGUGACCGCAUGAGAGCGAGCAUGGAUGUUGGUUUCUCAACUAUGGAGAAUAAUUGA